UGGUUCCUCUCUCUCCUGCGGAGUGAUGACAGUAGAUCUAUCUGUUUCCUGUCUUUACCAUGAUCUUCAGUCGAAGUGGAGAGGAGGCUUCUGCAGGAUGAUGGACUACAGCCUCCUCCUCUGUUUGAACGCUCUUCUCUUUUGUUGCUGCUCCUCUUCACGGACAAACUUCGUCCUCCUUUUCGCAGACGACUUGGGUUUCGGGGACUUGGGGUGUUAUGGACAUCCGAGUUCAGUCACUCCGAACCUGGACCGUCUGGCAGCGGGAGGACUCCGGUUUACUGAUUUCUACUGCACCAGCCCGGUCUGCAGCCCGUCCAGGGCAUCAUUGCUGACCGGUCGCUAUCAGACCCGCUCGGGAAUCUACCCAGGAGUGUUGUACCCGAGCUCGAUAGGCGGCCUGCCUCUGAACGAGACCACUAUCGCUGAAGUGUUGAAACCUCUGGGUUAUGCUACUGCUGCCAUCGGGAAGUGGCACUUAGGAGUCGGUGCAGACGGGGAGUUUCUUCCAACCAGGCAGGGUUUUGACCAGUAUCUAGGGAUCCCCUACUCCCAUGACAUGGGACCCUGUUGGAACCUGACCUGUUUUCCUCCUGAUGUAAAGUGUGUUGGACUGUGUGAUAUCGGCACUGUAACUGUCCCACUAAUGCACAAUGAGAUCAUCAAACAGCAACCAGUCAACUUCCUCGAUCUGGAAAGGGCUUACCGUGACUUUGCGACCGAUUUUAUUUCAACGUCAGCCAAGAAAAAACAACCGUUCUUCCUCUACUAUCCUUCCCACCACACCCACUACCCGCAGUAUGCAGGUCCAGGGGCAGCAGGGAGGACUUCAAGGGGCAAAUUUGGAGAUGCUCUUCUGGAGUUUGACAACACAAUAGGGAACAUACUGACAACAUUGGAGAAGAUGGGAGUGCUCAACAACACACUCAUCUUCUUCACUUCAGACAACGGGCCUGAACUGAUGCGUAUGUCCCGCGGAGGUAACGCCGGUCUUCUGAAAUGUGGAAAAGGUACCACGUAUGAGGGAGGCAUGAGAGAGCCGGCUAUCGCUUUCUGGCCCGGGACCAUCAGGCCAGGUGUUACUCAUGAAAUAGCCAGCACUCUUGAUAUCCUCCCCACAAUCGCAAGCUUGGCAGGAGCCUGUCUCCCCCAAGUGGUGCUGGAUGGGGUCGAUAUGACUGAAAUGCUCGUCCACCAAGGGAAGAGUAAGCGGGGGACGAUGAUGUUUUACCCCACAGAUCCGAGUGAGAAGUACGGCAUGUUUGCUCUCAGGUUAGGGAAGUACAAGGCCCACUUCUAUACUCGAGGUGCGACCCACAGUGGCACCACCCCAGACCAAGACUGCCCAGUGUUUGCGCUCCUCAAGGCCCACGACCCCCCUCUGGUUUUUGACCUGGAGGCCGACCCCUCGGAGAACUACCCUCUUUCCCCGGAGGAGAGACCCGACCUCCAAGCUCUGCUGGAGAGAAUCAAAAAGGUGAAGGAGCAGUUUGAGGCGUUCAUGGUGUUCGGAGAGAGCCAGAUAUCGAAAGGAGAAGACCCCAAUCUGGAGCCUUGCUGCAAUCCUCAGUGCAGCCCCAGGCCCAGCUGCUGCCGGUGCUGAUGGGAAGAAAUAAAUUCUCUUGUGUGUUAAUAAAGACAAGGUGGGAAAGUGUGGAGGUAUUGCACUAAUUGUUGAGACAGCUAAGCUUUAAUUACUGUUCAUGCUGAGAAGUAAUAAAACAAUCAAUCUGUUUCCUCAAUGAGGGGACUUUUUUCUUACUGUUGCUACUGAAUACACUUAAAGUUAGUGUGUAACAAUAUACUUAUAUAUACAUGUUUCUUCACAGGUACAGUUUGAAUAAAUGUUUAAUUAUCUCA